AAGGUCGUAGAAAAUGAGAAAAUGCUGUUUGUAGCAGCUUCUCAUCAUGUUUAUAUGAUAUUUUAUGUAUUUGUUUUCUAAAUUCAUAGAAACAAAUUGACCCAAUAGUGCUCCAUAUUGUUUAGUUACUGUCACUCGUCUAAAGAAAUAUGGAAAAGUUACGUAAAUUGUGUACAUAUAUGCUACAAAGAAGAAGUCAUAUUCUUUACAAAAAUAAAUUAUUGACAGGUUAUCAUACAUCAAGUGUGCGUUUGUGGAGAGAUAAAGUUGCAAUAAAAAUUGAAGAAAAAUUAGCAGUUCAACAUCAGGGUGUAUUUAAUGAAAUCUUAGCCAAGAAAAAAGCAGACAAAGCUGCAUUUCAAACAGCUAUAGCUUACUAUAUAGCUAAAGAAAAGUUGUACAGAAGAGGACAUGUUGAGUUUAUUGAGGCAGCUCUUCAUCAAAUGAAAGAAUUUGGUGUUGAGCGAGAUUUAAGUGCCUAUAAAGCGUUGUUGAGAGUUUUUCCUGAGGGCAAAAUGAUACCGAAAAGUGUGUGGCAAGUGGAAAUGUUUCAUUAUCCAAAACAACAAAGCUGUGCUAUAGAACUUAUGGAUCAGAUGGAAUAUCAUGAUGUUUGUCCAGAUCGUGAGUUUGGAUGUAUUCUUGAAUCAAUUUUUGGUGCUGAGGUUCAUGCCUUCAGGAAAUUUAGAAGAAUGCUGUAUUGGCUGCCAAAGUUCAAGAAUGCUACUCCUUACCCUAUACCGUACACAUUGCCAAUUGAUCCAAUAGAGCUAGCUAUGUUGGCCUUAAAAAGGAUGGUAAUUGACAAUCAAAACAAGCUUACAGUAUGGAAGACAUUAGAAGCGGAAGAAGAGCCUUUAGAGGAUACCUUUAUUGUUAGUGCUAUGAGUCCAGAACAGAAAGAAUUAAUAGAAGAACAUCCAGAAACUAAACCAUUGAUUGUUGAGGGGGGAUAUAAAACAUGGUUAAGAAAUAUAUCACAAAUAUACUUUGUACUUCGAGCUGACCCCAAUCCUGAAAACUUUACCAAACCUUCAGAUGAUAGCAGAUAUGAAGAUGAAGAAGAUUUAUUUGAAUUUACUACGAUAUUUGAAGAGGAGAAACCCAAGUCAGUAAGUAAAGCUCUGAGUAUACAUGAACAACCUGAUGGUACAGUAUUAGGGAUGUGUAUCACUGGAACUAGUUCAAAAAACUCACUUGUGACGUGGAUUCGGUACAUGCAACAAACCAACCCUAAAUUAGAAAAAAUACCAAUUGUCUUUCAAAUGAGAACACCAGAAUCUGGUUUACAGGUCAUUGAAACAGAUCAAGAGAAAAAUGCCAGCAAAUUUAUUUCCUGAAUAUACAGCUGUUUAAUGUGGAAUAGAACUACUCUAGAAACUGUUACAGUUAUAUGCAAAUGAUAUUUUAAGGUUGUUAUUGCAAGCUUAUCAUUCAAGGAUUAGUCAGACAUGAUAAACAUCAAUCAUGUCAGUGAGGAGCUCAUUCAUUAAAAGAAAAUAUACUAAUAGAUUAAUUCAUGAGAAUAAAGGUGGGAUUUGGUUGCCGAGUGGCACUGUAGAUCAUGAAGUUUGAUAUUUAUGCAUAUCAGAAGUUGGAUCCCAAGAUUAUUCAUGACAGUGAUGAGGGUCACCUGCAUGAGUUCAUUGGGGUUUUUUGGGGGUUUUUUUUUAAAAAUGAUGUGAAAUGGGGUUUAACGUCCCACUUUUCUGCACUGACUGUGCGAAUAAAGGCGGCAUACGCCAUACAGUGUGCUCUGAGGGAAAUUUUGCCCAGACGGUGGCGCUAUGGCCUACUCUAUGCCCAGACAGCGGCGCUAAGGAAUUUUCUCAGGCAACAUCGGGAGUGAACCCAAGACCUCCAGACUAGCAAGCCAGUGUCUUACUCACUGAGCCACCACGGACCCCAAUUUCUCUUAAGGACUCCUGCACACAUGCAAAUUAUUGAGAAAAAUUUUGAAUAUUGAAAAGGUUUUUCCUAAUAACCAUAGUAACAAUCCCUAGUGUGUAGUAGAGGGUUCACAACCAAAAUAACCUAGUUUCUCCAUCAAUCCCGAACCAAGAAAACCUAGAGCUGUGACAAAGAUAGUGCAAAACUAAUAUUUCUACCGCAUUAAAAUUGCUAUGUGAUGUUUCUUGUAUUUAAUAUGUGUAUAACUAUUUAUGAAAAUAAAAAAGUGAUACCUAU